GUUAAAACACUGCAUUGUGACCGAAACAUUUAGGUAACAGGGGAAACUAAAAAAGAAAAUCUGACAUUUUCUUUCUCCGCCAUAUUGCGAUCUAGCUUAUGGUUAAACUCGAAAUUUAAAAAAAAACAAGAGAGGUUGGUACGAAUAAAAAAAUUGUAAUAAAUACUUUUUGUCCCCUGAAUUCAAAUACGGAACGCGGCAUGCGCGCGCAUCCUACAUCGACCGAUAUGUUAUCGCUAGUUCGAGUCCGACCGCCGCCACGGUUGGACGCAUGUCUAAAUGGGCGAACUGCAAUACCCAGGGGCUCCAAGCGUUGCUGAUGACGAGAGACAGUACAGAGCGCCUUUCCGUAGGGCGCCUCAGUACAGGUGGCCCGCGCCACAAGCACCUCAGCCCUCGGCCUUUGCUCCGUGGAGAAGGGCUCCAGCGCCGCCACGGCCUCCGGACUACCGUAGGAGUGCAUCUUACCCUGGAAAACCUGAUGAAACGUACCAAGAAAGAAGCGGUCUAGAUAAUAUGCGAUCGCUAGAACAUUAUUUAACUGACAUAAUGAGAGCUGACACUUCAGAACACAUGAAAGGCAAGUCGCCGUUCUUCCCCGGCGUGGAGGAGGCGGCAGUUGCGGGGGGCGCGGCCGGCGCGGGCUCGCCCUCCGUGCCCGACCAGGCACAGGAUGUGGUCUCUAGGCUCUCGGCUGCCGGUCUAUCAAUGUGCGUGAGUGCGCUCGGCUCUCCGGCCCGGUCGUCGCCCGUGUCGGCCGGUUCCGAGCACGGAGAGCGAUUCAGCCGAAAGGUGUUCGUGGGCGGGUUGCCACCGGACAUCGAUGAGGAUGAGAUUACGUCAUCAUUCCGUCGCUUCGGGCCGCUCGUGGUGGACUGGCCUCACAAAGCAGAGAGCAAGAGUUAUUUCCCACCCAAGGGUUACGCGUUUCUACUGUUUCAGGACGAGAGCUCAGUAGCGGCUCUAAUGGAGGCCUGUAUAACGGACGACGACAAGCUGUACCUGUGUGUCUCGUCGCCAACUAUCCGCGACAAGCCCGUACAGAUCCGGCCGUGGAGGCUCGCGGACGCAGACUUUGUGUUGGACGCUAGUAUGCCACUAGACCCUCGGAAGACGGUGUUCGUUGGAGGAGUGCCGCGUCCGCUGAAGGCUGUGGAGCUGGCGAUGAUAAUGGACCGGUUCUACGGCGGUGUCUGCUACGCCGGCAUCGACACUGAUCCCGAGCUCAAGUACCCUAAGGGCGCGGGUCGCGUGGCGUUCUCCAACCAGCAGUCAUACAUCGCGGCCAUCUCUGCGCGCUUCGUGCAGCUACAGCAUGGGGAUAUUGACAAGCGGGUCGAGUACUACUGCGAGCACUGCUGGGCGACGAUCCACUCGCGGCCCGGCCGGGAGUUCCACAAGCCGCUCGUGAAGGAAGGAGCCGACCGACCGCGCGCCGUGCCCUUCCGCUGGUGUUAGUCACUUAUACAUGCGACACGAGGGAACUAGACUGCUUUGACUAACUUUACGGGUAGAUUUUGACAUUGCAAGGGACAGAUUCGGCUGGAAAGGACAGCUUCGGCUGGAAAGGACAGUUUCGGGAAUUUUUGGGACCGUUUCCGUCCUGUUUGGGACGGUUUUGGUUAUUGUAGUACGUUACUGGGACAGUUUCGGUCGUCUUAGUAAUAAAAAUGAGACGAUUUCAGUAAAACUGGUUUUUAUCAUGAAUGUAGUUGUUUCUUCAUAGUAAGGUAAACGCCUAAGUAUGAAGAAAUGACGGCAUUUGUCAAGGCAACAAAAUAA